ACUUCUCCCCUCGCAAACAAAUUCUCCUAUAAUUUAUCUCCCAAAAUUUUGGUUUCCUCUUCCUUUUCGCAAAAUUUCUGAAUUCUCUCUCAAAAAAUAUGGCGGUUGACUCUGCACUUUCGUCUCCGCUUGGCCCACCGGCCUGCGAGAAAGAUGCCAAGGCGUUGCAGUUGAUAGAGGAGAUGACUAAGAACGCCGAUUUGCGUCAGGAAAAAGUUCUGGCCGAAAUCUUGACUCGAAAUGCUCACACCGAGUACCUCAAGAGGUACAAGCUCAAUGGCGCCACCGACCGCGCCACCUUCAAAUCGAAACUUCCGAUUAUAACCUACGAAGAUCUCCAGCCGGAAAUCCAACGCAUCGCUAAUGGCGACCGCUCCGCCAUUUUAUCCGCCCAUCCAAUCUCUGAAUUCCUCACAAGCUCCGGAACUUCAGCCGGUGAAAGGAAAUUGAUGCCUACAAUUCAAGAAGAGCUGGAUCGUCGCCAGCUAUUGUACAGUUUCCUGAUGCCAGUAAUGAAUCUUUACGUUCCUGGCUUGGACAAAGGAAAGGGGCUAUACUUUCUGUUUGUGAAAUCAGAAACAAGGACUCCAGGUGGUCUCCUGGCGCGCCCUGUUCUCACAAGCUACUACAAAAGUGACCACUUCAAGACCCGCCCCUAUGACCCUUACAAUGUCUACACCAGCCCCAACGAGGCCAUUCUUUGUGCGGAUUCCUUCCAGAGCAUGUACAGCCAGAUGCUUUGCGGCCUCCUAGAGCGUGACCAAGUGCUCCGUGUUGGUGCUGUGUUCGCCUCUGGUCUCCUCCGCGCCAUCAGGUUCCUCCAGCUGAAUUGGAAGCAACUUGCUCAGGAUAUCGAAAUGGGGUGCUUGAAUUCGAAAGUUACUGAUCCUUCGAUCAGGGAAUGUAUGGGGAAGAUAUUGAAGUCUGACCCUGAGCUCGGGGAGUUCAUCAGGGGAGAAUGUUCAAAGGAGAAUUGGGAGGGGAUUAUCACAAGAAUUUGGCCUAACACCAAAUAUCUGGACGUAAUUGUCACCGGAGCAAUGGCGCAGUACAUCCCCACCCUUGAUUAUUACAGCGGCGGGCUGCCUAUGGCAUGCACCAUGUACGCUUCCUCCGAGUGUUACUUCGGGUUAAACCUCAACCCCAUGUGUAAACCAUCCGAAGUGUCCUACACCAUCAUGCCAAACAUGGCCUACUUCGAGUUUCUCCCUCACGAGCCCAACUCGGCCGGGUUCGCAACUCUUGACUCUCCCCCAAAACUGGUUGACCUCGUCGAUGUUGAGGUGGGGAAAGAAUACGAACUCGUGAUCACCACCUACGCAGGGCUGUGCAGAUACCGCGUCGGCGACAUCCUCCGAGUCACCGGAUUCCACAACUCAGCUCCACAGUUCCAUUUCGUUCGGAGGAAGAACGUUCUUCUCAGCAUUGACUCGGACAAAACUGACGAGGCGGAGCUACAAAAGGCGAUGGAAAACGCCUCCCAAUUGCUCCGUGAGUACAACACUAGCGUCGUGGAGUACACGAGUUACGCCGACACAAAGACGAUCCCCGGUCACUACGUCAUAUAUUGGGAACUCUUAGUAAAAGACUCGGCCAAUUCCCCUCCAUCCGAAGUCCUGAACCAGUGCUGUUUGGCAAUGGAGGAAUCGCUCAACUCAGUGUACCGACAGGGCCGAGUUGCAGACAACUCGAUCGGGCCAUUGGAAAUCCGCGUGGUGAAAAAUGGCACGUUUGAAGAGUUAAUGGAUUACGCAAUAUCCAGAGGAGCAUCAAUCAAUCAGUACAAGGUACCGAGGUGCGUAAACUUUACUCCGAUCAUGGAGUUGCUGGAUUCUAGGGUGAUAUCGACGCAUUUUAGCCCUGCCUUGCCGCACUGGACGCCGGAAAGAAGGAGGUGAUCAUCAUGAUAGAUCAAACUAAAGAUUUAUAUGAAUUAUUUAGGCCACCGACCAAAUUAAGUCAAUGAUCAUCAUAUGCUUAAUUAUAGUUAUAUAAAUUAAUUGUAGAUUCUCCUGUUGUUGUUUUUUAAUUGGGUAAUGUAACUUUUGUGGAAAAGUAAAAAAAAAAGUUGUACGAUGUUUAAAGAUGUUUGUCUCUCCAGUAAAUGGGUUUAUUCAUGUAAUGAAAUUAUGGAGCAGAUAAGGUUUGUUUUUUUAUAAGAUGAACCUCUUUGAUCAUUUCUUCCUUUAUUGUUGUUUGUCUUUUGCUUCUUUUACAUAUUGUGUCUUUUCUUUUGAGUAAGGUGGGUAGGGACAGCCUCAUCAAUUCAAUGAAUGUAAAUAUGUAAG